AGCUGACAAUCCUGCUCUGUUAAGCCGCAGGCUCUCUUUUUUGACUGAAAAUGAUCGACCUCGGCCUGACUGUCGCUGGACGACCGUUGAGUGCAGAGGUUCAAGAACUCUUGAAAUCUUACUCGGACGAUUUACUGGAUGCGUUGAUCGAUGCAACAUGUGUCGAAACAAAAUCUCGGAACUCGCACAAAAUCAACGAGAAUGAUGCUCUAAAGUCUAUCAAAACUGUUUCAUUGUUUCCUCCCAGAGUGGUUCCUCGAGCUACUCUAAGAAUCUUUGACACUUCAAAACCCUCAGAAAGUAAGAAGGACCAGAAGACAGCGACGAAUGCACCUUCAAGCGCUUUUGGUUACCCUGCUAGUCAGUCAUCGGGACGCUCGCGACGCCCAGUGGUGGAUGAGGCAACCCUCUUGGAAGAUCUGCGCAAGCUGAAGCCAGCAGAAAUCACGGAACCACAAAAAUUCAUGUCCCAUAAGCUGACUUUAGAUCCUAAGGAUAUCAGACCACGGGUUGGCCCUGCAGCUGCGGCUGAGGUGGCCUCGGCAAUGGAACGACCUGCUCGACAUUUUAUAGGCCGACCUCAACCCCUGAUCACUGAGGAUCGUGGCAAUGUUCAGGCUGAACUGACGACUUACCAUCGAUAUCGCAGCUAUCUCGGAAUUACUGGUCCCAUGCCAAAUAUCAAGCCGAACAUGGGUGCAAUGAUGAAAAUUCCGGCGUUUCUUCAAGCAUUGCAACAAAGAAAUGAAAUACUGGGCUUUGGUGGCGGCAGUACGGCACCUCCUCAGGUGCCUCGAAAUGCAAAUGCACAGGUAAAUCAGGUACAAGCCCCGCUUAGUGCUUCCGGCUCUGCUUUCGGCUCAGCAGUUGACCAGCGACUUUACCCACAACCAACCCAACCGCCGGUAAACUCGUACCAAGUGCCGGCAACUUAUCCCGUGCCACCCAACAUACGUCAGGCUAUCCAACGCCUUCAGCCACAACAGGCUGCCCAAAUACUGAAUGAGCUCCUUCGAAAACAGCAACGUCAGCGAUUUGUUGACGAUCUUGAACAGUCCGCCUUGAAUUCGCCUACUCCACCACUAACGGAAUAUAGCUACCCACCUCUUGCUGGAAGUCAACUCAAUCUCGCGAAGACUAAAAGUAAUGACAAAUUGGCGUUGGCACUGUCUAUGAGGACAGGUGAUGGAAUAGCUUCCAGCGUAAUGCCGAGUAUCCAGGAAGACUCGCCACCUGAAGAAGACAACUGGGAAAACCUGGAAGGUCCAGUGGAUCACUUGGACUGUGCAGCUUACUAUGAAAGUAUCAAUCCGAAGCUAAAGGAAAAGACUAUGGGAGAUAAUUCUCAUAGAAACAAAACAGGGCAGAAUCGAGAUGAAGGAGACCAAGAAGUGGGCCCAGAGCAGAGCAAGAGGAAGUUCUAUAGACCCAAGACACCAUCCUUCUUGUCGUCUGAAGAAAAGAAGAAGUUUGAUGAGUGUGUCAGUCGACUAGAGCUGAUUGCUACAAUGGUACAAGAAGGUUAAGUCGACUUU